GAGUCUCGGCUGCCCUGCGCGCAGCGCGCGUCCCCCCGCCCGGCCGGGGACCCCCCGCCCAGAGCGCGGGAGCCCGGAGCGCCGGGCGCCUGGGACCCCGCGGAGGCGCUGCCCAGCCCGCGGGGCUCGGCGGGGAUGCAGGCUGCGCUGUGAACCCCGGCGCCAAGGCCAUGUCCGGCGCCCGCUGCCGGACCCUGUACCCCUUCUCCGGGGAGCGGCACGGCCAGGGGCUGCGCUUCGCCGCGGGCGAGCUCAUCACGCUGCUGCAGGUCCCGGACGGCGGCUGGUGGGAAGGCGAAAAGGACGACGGGCUCCGCGGCUGGUUCCCCGCGAGCUACGUGCAGUUGCUGGAGAAGCCUGGAAUGGUCCCCCCACCGCCGGGAGAGGAAAGCCAGAUUGUCAUUCUUCCGCCUGGCUGGCAGAGCUACUUGUCUCCGCAAGGUCGGCGUUACUAUGUCAACACGAACACCAAUGAGACCACCUGGGAACGCCCCAGCAGUUCUUCUGGGAUUGCGGCCAGCCCUGGCCCUCACAGGAGCUCUCUGCCUCCAACAGUGAAUGGAUACCACGCGGCAGGGACCCCCGCGCACCCGCCCGAGACUGCCCACAUGAGCGUCCGAAAAUCCACCGGUGAUUCCCAGAACCUGGGAUCCUCAUCACCAGGCAAAAAGCAGACCAAGGAAAACACCAUCACGAUAAACUGCGUGACAUUCCCUCAUCCGGACACGAUACCAGAGCAGCAGCUGCUGAAACCAACGGAGUGGAGCUAUUGUGACUACUUCUGGGCUGAUAAGAAGGACCCUCAAGGCAAUGGCACCAUGGCUGGGUUUGAACUGCUCCUUCAGAAGCAACUAAAGGGCAAACAGAUGCAGAAGGAGAUGUCAGAAUUCAUCCGGGAGAGGAUAAAAAUCGAGGAGGAAUAUGCGAAGAACUUAGCUAAGCUCUCUCAAAACUCCUUGGCUGCACAGGAGGAAGGCUCGCUGGGAGAGGCGUGGGCCCAGGUGAAGAAGAGCCUCGCAGACGAGGCGGAAGUCCAUCUCAAGUUCUCCGCCAAGCUUCACAGCGAGGUCGAGAAGCCCCUGAUGAAUUUCCGGGAGAACUUCAAGAAGGACAUGAAGAAGUGUGACCACCACAUCGCCGACCUCCGCAAGCAGCUCGCCAGCCGUUACGCGGCAGUGGAGAAGGCCCGGAAGGCCCUCACGGAGAGGCAGAGAGACCUGGAGAUGAAGACCCAGCAGCUGGAGAUCAAGCUGAGCAACAAGACGGAGGAAGACAUCAAGAAGGCGCGGAGGAAGUCCACGCAGGCUGGAGAUGACCUCAUGCGCUGCGUGGAUCUCUACAACCAAGCCCAGUCCAAGUGGUUUGAAGAGAUGGUGACUACCACGCUGGAGCUCGAGCGGCUGGAGGUGGAGAGGGUGGAGAUGAUCCGACAGCACCUCUGCCAGUACACACAGCUGCGGCACGAGACAGACAUGUUCAACCAAAGCACAGUUGAGCCUGUGGACCAACUGCUUCGGAAAGUGGACCCAGCCAAAGACAGGGAGCUGUGGGUCAGAGAGCACAAGACGGGCAACAUCCGCCCCGUGGACAUGGAGAUUUAGACGGGCGCGCACGGCCCUGGGGGUCCUGCCGAGGAGAGGGGCCGGGGGGUCCCAUGGAGAGCUGAGUUGCAGCUGUCCUCUGCCCACUGUCCUGGUCCGCUGAGCUGGUGAUUCCAGAAAGGCGGCCCCGCCGGGAGCUGCGAGUGUCCCCAGGCCAGGAAGGCGGGUCCGCAGCCCUGCCCUUGUCUCCUAGGCUGAAGCCCCCCGAUUCCCGUGCUGUGCUUGCUGCUCCGAGAACAGACCGAGGCUGGAACUUUAUGGUCCCUGCUGCGCCCUGUAGGGGUCAAGUCCCCACCCAGAGCCAGCUGCGUCGCACGCUUGUCCCCCCGGAAGCCCCAAGGCCCUUCCCCCAGCUGUGUCCCGGGCGUUGGAGGGUCAUGGGAGAAGGGUCCCCAUCUCCAGCCCAGGAAGAGAAUCAGAAUCGUGGAGGGAAGGCCCCGUUCAGCUCAAUAGUCCGCACCCAGAGCCUUUUGCAGCCCGCCCUCUUUAUUUUUCUUUUCCCCGUUGCAUUCUGGGAGCCCACAUCCCGGCUCUCCUUUGCCCCCUUUCCAUCAUCUGGGGACCUUGGGAUUAAGGCCUGGCUCCUCUCUACCCAGACUGACCCUGCCUGGAGAGGUCAGGACGGAACUACCUCAUUCAGCACAUCAGCCCAAGUCAGAGCGUUGAGUCGCGUUUUAUUAUCGGUCAGGCAUCUUCUGUCCCGACCCUGGGCUGGAAACCCCCCUCCAAGCCAAGCCCUCAGUUGUCUCCUGGAGGAAGCACCCACCCCAUCCCAGGCUUUCGUGGGGCUGGGUCAGUCCCCCAUGGGAGAUGGGCUGGGUCUCCAGCUCCUUGAGGAUGGGGGUGGGGGUGGGAUGACCCUCCAACCCCCCCCCCAUCCUCCAUGUGGCUUUCUCUCCCUGGUGGGCACGGUGCGGGCAUGGCGGCCGGUCGUGGCUUCUGGACGCUCCGCGUCUACACGUACCAGAGCCCCACACAGAGCCCUCCUUGGUGCUGGUACCACCUUCCCCUUUCGCCACCCCCCGACUCCUGGGAAGGCCGGGUUGGUGUGUGACUUGGGAAGCUUUCAGCCUGGCCCACGAGGUCCUCGCACAUCGGCCUCCCCCUUUAUGGAAACAUAGCAGACACAUCGGGUACCAUCAAACUCUGAGAAUCGAUGGGCUCCAGGGGAACCCAGCAAUGGCCUUGGAAGGCAGUCGUGGUCACAUGGCCAGCAGGGGGCAGAUUCUAGCCCAGAAACCAUGCCCUGAGAGCCCAUAUUUCUUAGCUCAUCCUUCCCUUCGAUUACUUUGGACGUGCAGGGCCCAUACACCCCUAAAAGAUCAAGAGCACAACUCCCUAGCCCCUCAGUCCUGCACGCCAGGAACUGAUGACUUCCUCAUCUUGAAUCUUUCGACACCUCUUUCACUGAUUCAGAGUUACUGUCCCAUAGCUUAUAGUAGAAAGAUGCUGACUAUCUUCGAGCGAGCCAAGCUUGGUCACUUACUUUUCUUCUUGAAACAUUGUAACCCAGAAAAGUCAGCGUGAAGUCACACUUCCCUGACACGGAAGUGUGAGGACGGGUCUGUCCCCAGCACAGAGGACCAUGGCUUCCAGAUCUGGGGUUGGUGCCCAUGACCCCAGCGACCAGUUUUAGGGUAUUAUUUCUUGGUUUCUCUAUUCAAAAUGGGUGCUAGCGGUAAUCGCUUUGCGGCUUAGUAAACUAAUUUGUGGGCGAUUUUCAAAUGUUCAAAGCCAAUGGCCUUGUUAUUAACAUAGAUAUUUUGAGUGUGGUAUGGCUCAUUGAUUUUGUUUUCUCCUUCCCAUCAGAGGAUUCCUGAGUCUUCUGUUGCUCCCCAGGACAGGGGGAGGUCUCUUGCCUCUUACCAGGGAGGCUGAUUUGGCCCCAUGUGGGCCGGUCUGUUUUCUGGAAUCAUUCUUCCCGCCCACCCCGUCCCUCACAUUAGUACAUACUUCUUUACUCUUCCUUGCUUUUUGUUUUUCUCUCCUCCUCUGUUUGUUGAUUUAGUGAAGGCUGAGCAUUGUGCUGAGAUCUGGGGACAAGAUAGGGCAAGAGAAGCCCACGAUCUUUGAGAUUCUGUAGACUUAUUUUUUUUUUCACCGAGGGUCUUACAAGUCGGUGACCUUGGCAUUCACACACCAGUACUCUGCAGAAUUGAGGCUUCCUGAGAUACUGUUAUGCUGGUAGAUCUGUGUUCAUUUAUUCACUCAUCCGUUUGUUUAUUGAGCAGAUACUUGGGGCGAAGCAGGCAUGGUGCAGGGUGCUAGACAUAUGGGUGCAAGUGAGAUGGCGCUCUCUCCCCAUCCGCUCUAUUCUGCACGUAGACAGGGGCUCUUUAGGUCUUUCUGGAGAACGAGAGCAUUGCACCUGUUACACAGUCAACCCCCUUAGAGCCUGUCAUGAGAACACAAGCCACCGCCACGCGGCGUUUGCCAUUGGGGGACAGGUGGACAGUCACAAGAGUGUAAUCUGGUCACCAGAGCCUGCAGCCCAUACCCGACUCGGAUUUCAGAGAUCUCUCUUGUGUCUUCUAAGUAGCUCUCCUCGCUUCACAAAGAGGACUAAUGAAGCUCAGGUCUGGCCAGUGAGCCCAGAGAAUGAAGAGCGGGGUCCUUUAACGGGGCUCCUGCUCUGGGGAAACGGAGCUUAGGACGAAGUCUAGAAUAUUCCAAAGCUCGCUUCUGGAGUAGUGCUCAGUCCCGUGGUGGCUGUUGUGUUUUGUUCCUGUGUACGUUUCGGCGUGCGGGUUGUCCGAGGGAUGACUGGGCUCAUUCAGCGUCUGUCUGAGAUGUUCCUGAGCGAAUCCAUCGUUCUCUUUCUUGGAACAGGUGACCCCUUCCCCCUGCCUCCCAAGAGACACGGAUACACAUAGUUUUGUCUGUGAAAACCAGGUGGGGGUGGGGGAAUCUCUGUAAGACAAAUCGUGUUCAGAGUAAGUCAGUUGCCACAAGAGUCUCUGAGAGAAACGGCUUGUUCCUUCCAUUUUUUUCUAUCACUUUCCAUCAGUAUUGGAAAGCGCCGGCUAACCGAGCCAUAGGGUAGCUGCCGUCAGGACCGCCUCGGGUCUCCUUUCUACCUCCACCCACCGCCUGUCGGGCCAGGAGGAUUUCUGCAGCGGGAAGCCCUUCUCAUCGGGGCUGGUUAAGGACCGGAGCAAACAGAAAACACCACGCGCGUGCACAUACCAGGGGUUUCUGUUCCCUUUGUGAGGACAGUCAAUCACUGGACGAGUGGAUGGGUGCCUGAGGAUCCCGGCCGAGCCAAAGUCCCUCCUUGGAAACACAAGCCAUAAACUUCAAAGGACAUCAAAGACUUUGGCUCGUGUAAGAGAUUCCGCUUCCAGCCGUGAGUGGCCUUGACAAGGAAUUUUUAAGCAGGACUCUGUAGGGCUGUGCUGGUGGUGGUGUAGACAGGGAAAGCACUUUAAAGGUGUGAAGUAGGGGACAGAUCAGCAUAUUCCCAUCAAGCCCCUCGCCCCUCCAAGACCUACUUACUGCCUUGUCUUUUUUUCAGGUUUAUUGAGAGGUAUUUGACAUAACAGUAUUGGGAUUCAUUGACAUGCAGUGAAAUUCACCUGGUUCCGUGAAUCUUGACAAACGCACAGUCUUAAAACUGCCACCCAAACUAACGUAUUUCCAUCACUGUCUGGAAAUUCCCUCUGGCUCCCUCCACGGUCGCUCCGCUCCUGUCCCCCUUCCCCCGACUCCCACUGACAGAUUUUCCGACUCUACGGUUUUUGCCUUUUCUAAGAUGUCGGGUAAACCGAGUUGCUGAUGAGCGGUCCUCGGUGCGGCUUCUUUCUCUCCGCUUAAUGCGUUGGGUCACCCACGUUGUCUGUGUGUCACUAGCGUGUCUCCUUUGUCUCGCAGAGUAGCGCUCCAUUGCAAGGGGGGAACCCACGGCCGCUUUCUGGCCUUCGAAGUGAGUUAUUUGCUCCGGGGGGUCCCAGCCCGAUGGUCUCCAGCCUGUUGGCACGGCUGCUUCCUUUGCCUUCCGAGGCUCCUCCUUCAGAUGCGAGCUGUGCCCAUGGUGGUUCUUGGGGGUUCAUUUGAGGCUUUUGUGCAGAAAGGGGGGAGGGAGGGGUGCCUCCCGCUUCAGCCGCACCCUGAGGCGCGCACCUUGGCUGUUAGAUUCCCGGGGGCCCUGGCUUCAACUCCCCCACAGCCUCGGGAUGCACUGAGCAUUAGGGGGCGUGGAAGGUGAACGGGCAAAGUGUGGGUGAGAACGCGGGGCUGGCCUUGGGCUCGUCACGGCCGCUCCCCGGGUCUCCGUUGCUUCGUCGGCAGGCUGCAGGGGUCUGUCCGUCCGGGUCUCUCCAGCCUCCUGCAGCUACUGCGCGUUCUCCUCGCCAUUUUGUUUACACUUCUGUACCCGACCCUGGGUUGUGCUCGGCCCCGGGCCCCAUGGGCGCAGUUGUGCAUGGUCUGAACUCUGCACGAGAGCGAUGCCCUAGCACUUCCCUGUUUAGACACAAGUGGAGCUAAAGUGAAAGAGUUUCCUGAGCUGGAGUGAGAAUGAGGUAGUUCCUCCCGGGCCCCUGAAGGAAGCAGACAGAAGUCAUUACCUUCCGGGUCUCGUCCAUGGAUCCUUGGUCGCGUGUCCUGGGGUUUUCUUCCGAGGAGCCAGGACGGGCAUGAAGACAGAGCCUUUUUCUUCCUGUCCUUGCUGGAGCCUCGCUCAGGGGGCGGUCGCACCGAGCCAAGCGUGUGCCGGCAGCCCACUGGGUGGUGGCCGGUGGUGACAGAGAUAGAACCAAGCCCCCCUAACACUGGGCACGCUAUGGGCAUGACCCCGAGGGUAAUGACUCCCCCCAAGCCACGUCUCACUUAGAUCGAUGAAAGGUGAGCCCUUGAAGGCAACCAGGCACCCCUCGCCACAAACGGAAGAUGUUCCUGGGUCCAGGCCAGGUGAAGGCGCUGGCCCUGGAGCCCACGUCUGCAGGGUCCCAUGCUUCCUGGGUGCCUCUGGGUCGAGAUUUGCCAGGAAGGACUCUCACCCUGCUCCCCACCCCCACGGGAGAUUUAUUUUUGUCUGGUCAUUCUUGAAGGUGAAGGAUCCAUUCCUGUUGCAGCAGGUUUGGGUGAGAGGAAGACCAGCCAUGAGAGCUGAGGUUUCGUUUUUUUCCUUUACUCUUGAGAUGCCGGGGGCGUGGCUCUGUCUGGAGCCUUUCUGUUGGGAGAGGCCUCUGAGGGAGACCGGUGGUGAUGGGGACUUUGACCCUUGAUGUUUAAGAGACGUUCUUUGCAGGAUUGCAGUGGUGGAGUGCAAAAGGUCUGGGCACGUGGGUGCUGUCAUGGGGACGGUGUGACAUGGGGACAGAGAAGGAGAGCAUAUAGGGCCAGGGCAAGAGCACUGCACUGUCCCCACUCUGCCACCGCAUUUGUGCUACAACCUGAAGUUAAGUCACGUUCCCUCCCGGGACCUCUGUACUCACCUGUCCAGCGGACAUGCCCUUUCCAGCGUCACAUGCAGCAGACAGGCUCCUGGGAGCUGUGACCGCCAGGCAGCCAUGUGGACCCAGGAAUAGACCUACAAAGUCCAUACAAAGGGACGCCAGCCAUCUUGGCGA